AUGAUUCCGAUCUGUUCUGUGCGCCGACUCAAAUCACUUAGUUUCAUUGGAUAUCUGAACAUGAUGGCCGUCGCGUACAUUGGGCUUAUAAUGGCCCUAUAUAUGAUUGUACCAAGUGCAUGGAAGCAGCUUCCUGAUGCAAGUCACAUUGUCGCAGUUCGCUGGAGCAGAGAGUCUUUGCGCAAAUUCCCCAUCAUCCUUUUUGCGUAUACAUGCUCACAAAACAUCAUUCCCAUUUACAAUGAGCUGUACAAUAGUACGCUUGAGCGCACGUCUAUCGUCACAUUUACAUCCAUUUUCUCUAGUGCUUUUGUGUACUUGUUCGUGGGACUUGCUGGCUACUUCACGUUUGGUUCAAAUGUGAGCGACAACGUCAUUGCCAUGUAUCCGGACAAGAGCUUGUUUGUGGGUCUUGGAAAACUGUGCGUCGUGCUACUUGCUCUUACAAGCUAUCCCAUGCAACUCCAUCCUUCGCGAGCAAGUCUCCUAAGUUUGUCGCGUUCUUGGUCGUAUAAGCCAACGGUCCGAGUCAAUGCUGAUGGUAUGGAGGAAGAAGUGCCACUUCUGAUGGAAGAUUCAGCAUCCCUCGUGGACUCGAUGCCCUCUCAUUGGUUCUAUGGCCUGACUAUUGUUGAAAUUGUAUCAAGUGCUGCCAUCGCCAUGCUUGUCGACGACUUGUCUAUUGUGCUCGGAUUUGUCGGUGCCUUGGGCAGCACUACCAUUUCUUUCAUUGUACCUGCUUACUUGUACUGCAUGCUACAUGGCUCAGAGCGCCAGCCAUGGCUUUACUGCGCUUCACUUGUGCUUGCGUCGUGGGGCGUUGUCGUGCUUCUCGUGGCACUUUGUGCAAACGUAUCCAAGCUAUUUUAA